UUUUCCCUGUUUGUCGUGAUCCCUGUAAUAAAAAGAGGGAGAAAUCGUGAACAGAUGGCUUUCUAUAUUACCAUGCCGCUGGCAUUGUUUUCCUGUUGAUUUUAAAGGCUCGGUCCGGAGCUCCUUUUUUUUUUUUUUUAAAAUUUUUUUUUCCCUUUUAUUUUUUUUUCCCUCUCCCCUCCCAAGUUCUUGAUGAUACUGAGACAUGAGGACCUAUCGGGUUUAGCCUGUUUAUUUCCCGGCGCCUAUGGAGGUAACUUUAUUGACUUGAUCGCUCGCUUGCCGACCCGAGAGGAGCACGCCGGAGUCCCGGGGGGGGCCCGGCAGCCCCGCGCCCGCCCGGGCUCUGUCCGCCGCCUCCCCUCCCUCCCCCUCCCCCGCUAAUUCAUCAGCCGCCCCGGCCAUGAAAAUGCUCCUGGUCCGCAAGUUCCGGGUGCUGAUCCUGAUGGUGUUCCUCGUCGCCUGCACCAUGCACAUCAUGAUCGACCUGCUGCCGCGCCUGGAGCGCCGCGGCCCCGAGGGCCGGCCGGGCUGCUCCUGCCCGCCGCCCGCCGCCGCGCCGCCCCGCGCCGCCGCGCCGCGCUGGCCCGGCAAGCACACGCUGCGGAUCCUGCAGGACUUCAGCGCCGAGCCGGCCUCCAACCUCUCGUCGCAGUCGCGGGAGGCGGCGGAGCGGGCGGCGGGCGGCGGAGCGGGCGGCGGAGCGGGCGGCGGGGGCGCGGCGGCGGCGGCGGGGCGGGCGCGGCGCUUGAUCGGCCCCGGGGCGCCGCGCCCGCCGCCCCCCGCCGGCAACGCCGCCCCGCUGGCCGCGCUCUUCCAGCACCCGCUGUACCGCGCCGCCCUGCCCCCGCUGGCCGACCGCGACCUCCUCUUCAAUGUCAACAGCGACAUCAGGUUCAACCCGCGGGCGGCCGAGCAGCCCGAGUGGCAAAAUGAAGAUCAUCAUGAAGAAUUUUUGCCAACUGGAGAAACCUCCAUAGACUCCUACCCAAACUGGUUAAAAUUCCACAUUGGCAUUAAUCGGUAUGAGCUGUAUUCCAGACAUAAUCCUGCAAUUGAGGCUUUACUACAAGACCUUGUCUCCCAAAAGAUAACCAGUGUUGCAAUGAAAUCAGGAGGCACCCAGCUGAAGCUGAUCAUGACAUUCCAGAACUAUGGACAAGCACUGUUUAAACCAAUGAAGCAAACCAGAGAGCAAGAAACCCCACCUGACUUUUUUUACUUCUCAGACUAUGAGAGACAUAAUGCAGAAAUAGCAGCAUUUCACCUCGACAGGAUCCUGGAUUUCCGGCGCGUGCCGCCGGUCGCAGGUAGACUGGUUAACAUGACGAGAGAAAUACGAGAUGUUACUCGUGACAAGAAGCUGUGGAGAACAUUUUUCAUCUCACCAGCCAACAACAUCUGCUUCUAUGGGGAAUGCUCCUACUACUGCUCAACAGAGCACGCCCUGUGUGGGAAACCAGAUCAGAUUGAAGGGUCCCUGGCUGCUUUCCUGCCUGAUUUGUCAUUAGCAAAAAGGAAAACCUGGAGAAACCCUUGGAGGCGUUCCUACCACAAGCGCAAGAAAGCAGAAUGGGAAGUUGAUCCAGAUUAUUGUGAAGAGGUUAAACAAACACCCCCAUAUGACAGUGGGACCAGAAUUCUGGAUAUAAUGGAUAUGACAGUUUUUGAUUUCCUAAUGGGUAACAUGGAUCGACAUCACUACGAAACCUUUGAGAAGUUUGGAAAUGAAACUUUUAUUAUCCACUUAGAUAAUGGAAGAGGGUUUGGAAAAUAUUCCCAUGAUGAACUUUCCAUAUUGGUGCCUUUAAACCAGUGCUGCAGAAUCAGGAAGUCUACCUAUCUGCGAUUACAGCUAUUAGCCAAGGAGGAGUACAAACUCAGUCUCCUGAUGAAAGAAUCUUUGCUAAAAGACAAAAUAGCUCCAAUCCUCUACCAGCCUCACUUGGAGGCGAUGGACAGGCGGCUGCGGAUCGUCCUCAAGGCUGUCAGUGACUGCAUAGAGAAGGACGGCUAUGACAAUGUGGUUGAAAAUGACUUUAACACGGAUGUUAACACUGUUACCACCGAGAGGUAGUGAAAUGGCAAGACUACGUUUUUACCAGCCGAGUCAAGAAGAUUCAAAGAAGAAAAAGAAACAAAACAACAACAACAAAAAAAAAUAAAGUCUUGCAAAAGACUGUGUAUGCUACUUUGUGAAUUCAGUGAAUUCAGAAAUGAGAUAUAAUUGUUCCCAAAGUAGGUAAAGUGUAGACUCUGCAAAGGAUUAGUUAAUAAAGAAAAAUAAGUCUAAUGUGAUGCUUUUCAUUAGUUCCUGAAGAGAGAUUAUGAAAAGAUUCAGAAAAUACUCAAUCAUGGACAGACAGCAGUCUGAUAGCAAAACACCUCCUGUCAUUUUUGUAUAGAAAGGAGGCCUUUACUUAAUAUUUUGUAUUUAUAUAUGGCAUAUCUAUGAAACCCCAGACCUACCUUCCAAAUUUAACUAAGAGGGACAGCAUAGUUUUGUGACUCACACUUUAUUUGUGGUGACAGUCCACUUAGUAUUUUGUGUUAACCCUUUAAGUGCUCUAAUCCAUUGUAUCUUAUUUAAAUUGAAUGCUUAUUUUCCCCCCCAGCUACUCAGCAUUUAAAGGGUUAAGGCAUUACGAACUUUUAAAGGCAAAAAAUUAUAAUAAUAAUGAUAAUAAAGAUAAUAAAUACAUGGGUUACCAGAAGGGAAUUUCACUAAUUGUGCUUUGACAGGAAUACUUGAAUGUUGGUUUUACAAAGUGAUGUAAAAUGACAAGUUGUACUAUUUGUCAAUAAGGAGGUGGCAGCUCUUAUCUUUCUAGACUAUUAUAGUGGGGCUGCUACUUUUCAAUUUUGUUUUUGAUAGUUUUGUGUAAAUAUAUACAUAUAUGGGUAAAAAGCUGCUUUCGGCAGCUCUAGGCUUACUUUUGCAGCAUUUUUGUGGAAUUGUUUGCAACGUGGUAAAAGUGCAAUAAAGAUAUGCAAAAUGUGUAGCCA